AGCCUGCCCAGUGGUGUUGUUCAACAUCAUCCUUGAUAUAAAAAAAAUGAUUCCCGGGAGAAAUAAGAGGAAAUAUCUGAACCAAUAGAUAAAAAAAAACAAAAACAAAAAAACUGUCCAGUUAUUUAUAAUAAUUUUACAGUAGAAGAAGUUCAGUUUGGUUUCAGAGAGAAACCAGAUCUACCGUCACUUUCACUUCCUCAUCAGGCUCUCUCAGCUUCACUUCCUCAUACUUCCUCAGAUCAGACUCUCCACGGCGUGGCAGCCAUGAAGGACGGUACCGAAACAGCAGAACCGGCUGGGUUCUGCCGACAGGACGUCUUCGAGGAUUAUAGACAGUGGUGCCUCCAGCUGUGUCCAGAUGUUCAGCCGUGCCGCGACCGCCAGCUGCUGAAAAAAGCAACGCAGUAUCUGCAGAGACAGCCGGACCUCCGGGAGAUCUUCACCGUGUUCCCCUUCCUCCAGGCCGUGACCCAGGGCAGCGGAGAACCGAACCCCGACCGCCGGAGGCAGCUUGCGUGCUUCAUUCGAGCCUCCGAGAUGCUGGAAACCAUCUGCGUCAACCUGGUCCUCCAACCCUGGAAGAGGGAGAUCAAAACCAUCAAGACUUUUACAGGUCCAUUUGUGUACCAUCUCCUCCCUGUUCUCAGCUCUGCUACUAUCCAGUCUGUCCUGGCUUCUAUUGGCUACGUGCCCCAUGAUGAUGCUUCACAAAGGGAGUUCAGACUCAGUCCAGACGCCAGCUCAGACAGAGCCAUGCUGGUGGGCUUCGAACUGCUGCUGGCCCGCCUGGAGUGCUGCCGCCUCCUGGAUGUCCUGGUGAAGAAUCAGCUGACUCCACACGAGUGGUUAGAGCUUCUCCAGAGAGGAGAGCGGCCUGUAAAACCGAUGAGGGCCCCAGAAAAGAAGACAAGACCAGGACCAAAGGACACCCAGGAGAAGACAAAGAAAGAGUUGGUUAAAACAGAGGGACCUUCCUGUUUGGAAAGAAGACUUGCAUUUAACGCCAAACCUCGACAACCCCAUCACAUCAGUGUAGACAAGUCCAUUAUGGAAAUGCAGAAGACGUACCCGGACCUGGCGAUCAGGGGCCGCCCGCUUGUACCAGACCAGCCUCACAAAGCUGCCGCUGCCAUGGCCUGCAGUAAAGUCCUGAGUGAUGCAGAGCUCCCUGGUAAAAAUUGUGUCAGACAGAGUAAAGCUCCAGCCAACCUCUGCCGAGAUGAAGACACUGAAGCAGAUGAAGUGUUUGCUGGUUGUAAUGACCGGAGUAGUGGACGGACCGCCGCCCUCUGCCCUUGCAGCAGUGACUCUGAUGGAGGAGGGGUGGAUGAAGAACUCAGUGGACCUCAAGCCAUUUCCCUGCACAUGACACUCAGAGCCACGACCGAGGCAGAGCUCGGUCUGAAGUCUGGAAAACCUCAAUCCAGAUCAGGACCUGCCUCUGAGACACAGCAACAGUCUGACAGAAGAAAUGAGGGAGCAGUCUCUUUGGGCUCGUUGGAUGAAGCGAAGGCUCUGAAAGAGCUGGUUAAGAGGAUGGAAACAGCUAGUGUUCAGGGAAAUAAAGGACAGGGGAAGGGAAGAGAGGAUGAUGAGAGACGGCAGGAAGACAUGAGUAUAGAUAAGAGGCAAAAAGAGAGAAAAAUUAGUUCUGAGAGGAGCAGUAGAGGGAAAUCUCAGGAUGGAGGUGAUGGAGUCUGCGCCGAUGAUGGAGAAGGAAACUGACUGGAUAUACAGUGAUUUGGAGAUUGGGGGGGCGGCAUCACAUGAAAAUUAUUAUAUAAAUAUUAUAAUAUUUUAUAUCUUAUGAAGAAUGCAAACCAAACAUUGGAGAAUGAUGUUUUAUGCACAUGGGAACAGAUGGAUAUGUACAUCAUGUGCUGCAUUCACUUGCUCUUGGACAUUUGAGGUUUACCCAGAUAAAGGAUAUUUAGCACUGCAUCCGUGUGUGCUCACACACAUCAGGCUGGUGUGUGAGAGCUUGUUAGAGCAGCUGGUUCAGAGCGGAGAUCAGUUCCAGCUUGGUCAUGUGUGGACCCGUGAUGGAUUUUAGCCCAGACUGAAUCUCAUACGUCCACUUAGAAGACAGAAAGAAGCUGCUACAGUCCCAGCUCUGUUCACUCUGCUGCUGUUCAUGCUGAAGAUCUCAGGGAUAUCCGCAUGUUCCUUACAAGCAACAUUUCUCAGGGAUUCUUUUCUUAACCAGGGUUCUCUGUUCUGAUUGUGCCUUUUUAACAGGAAGUCUGCUUGGAUGACACAGCGCUUGUCUCUGAAUGGUCGGAUGUGGAUAAUAUGGUGUAAUGCGAUGAGAUAAUCACGUGGUUUUGGUUUUAACUGUGAGAAUAUUUGACCUUGUUAAUGAUGGCUGUGCCUAAAUAAUAAUUUCUUUACCAUUUAAAUUCACUUUGGGAUGGUACUGAAUCUGAAAUGUGUUUCCUGAUGUUUUAACUAAAUGAUACAAUAAACUUUUCUCAACAGAAA